AUGGCCGUUGGUGACCUCAAUGGAAGCGAGGUCGCCAAUCAUAACAACGCCGACUCCUGCUGGGUUAUCGGCAAGGAUGCCACAGCCGCAUAUGAUCCGAUUCAUCCAGCAGGGACCCUCGAAAAAUACCUCGACGCAUCCAAGCAUUUGGGGUCUUCCGAACAGGUGCUCACGAAGACGCGACAGCCAUCAGUACCGCCAUCAAAACCUCAGGACAUCCGGCAGCAGCGGGAAGAACCCAAACACCCGCCGCACCCUACGGAGAAGCCGCCCUUAUCCCACUGCCUGAAUCUGUCCGAUUUUGAGUCGGUGGCGCGCCAAGUGCUGGACCCGACAUCAUGGGCCUAUUUCUCCAGUGCUGCCGACGAUGAAAUUACCUUGCAAGAAAAUUACCGGGCCUUUCACCGUGUCGGGUUCCGGCCCCGUGUCAUGGUCAACGUGACGCAGAUCGACAUCUCGACGACGCUGCUCGGCGCCAGAAGCUCUCUCCCCUUCUACAUCACCGCUAAGGCUCUCAACAAGCUCGCCCACCCGGACGGCGAGGUCGCUUUCACCCGUGCCGCUGGCACCCAUGGCAUCAUCCACAUGAUCCCGACGCUUUCCUCCUGCGCCUUGGACGACAUUCUCUACGUCAACGAGGACCGCGACGUCACCAGGCAGAUCGUCCAGCAGGCCGAGAAGCGCGGCUGCAAGGGCCUCUUCAUCACAGUGGACAAUACCCAGGUCGGUCGGCGCGAGAAGGACCUGCGCGCCCGGCAGCGCGCGGCGAGCCGCGACGGGGAGGCGUGGCACCCCGAGAGCAUCACCGACAUGCCCAUCGUGCUCAAGGGCAUCCAGAGCGUCGAGGACGUCCUCCGGGCCGCGGAGCACGGCGUCGCCGGCGUCGUGCUCUCGAACCACGGCGGGCGGCAGCUCGAGUUCGCGCGGUCGUCGCUCGAGGUGAUCGCGCCAGGAGGCAAGUCGAAGCUUUAG